GAGCACCACAAUUCUUCCCAAAUUCUCCUUGCCAGUGACGCCAAAUAGAAACAAAGUCAGUCUCUCUCCUUCCCCUCUCUCUCGCCGAAGGCGGCAUCUGUCCCAGAACGAGAAGGAGAGAGAGCCCGUCCGACACUCUCAAAAAACCCAUCGAUUCCAUAGUUCUACGUCUCCUCUUUCUCCCUCCUCUCUACUCACCGCCUCUCUUCUGAGAUCCAGAUCUUGAUCUCCUUCUCUCCCGUCCUCGGUUGGAUCUAGGGUUCUUCUUGCUCUCAAGCCCUAGCAGCGCUCUGCUGCUGCGAUUGGAUCCCGUGGAACGGAUCUUGGCGGAUCGAAGCUGGAGCAGCUGAAGACAAUCGGGCGGGAGCUCGCCAUGGGCUCCCAGGGCGGAUGGGGCCAAUCGAAGGAGUUCUUGGACCUCGUCAAGUCCAUCGGCGAGGCCCGCUCCAAGGCCGAGGAGGACCGCAUCAUCCUCCGCGAGAUCGAUACCCUCAAGCGCCGGAUCGCCGAACCCGACGUACCCCGCCGCAAGAUGAAGGAGUAUCUCAUUCGCCUUGUCUACGUCGAGAUGCUCGGCCACGACGCCUCCUUCGGCUACAUCCACGCCGUCAAGAUGACCCACGACGACUCCCUCCUCCUCAAGCGCACUGGCUACCUCGCCGUCACCCUCUUCCUCAACGAGGACCAUGACCUCAUCAUCCUCAUCGUCAACACCAUCCAGAAGGACCUCCGCUCCGACAAUUACCUCAUCGUCUGCGCCGCCCUCACCGCCGUCUGCAAGCUCAUCAACGAGGAGACUAUCCCUGCUGUGCUUCCCCAGGUCGUCGAGCUGCUCGGCCACUCCAAGGAGGCCGUCCGCAAGAAGGCCGUCUUGGCCCUCCACCGAUUCUACCAGCGAGCGCCCAACUCCGUGUCUCACCUCAUCUCCAAUUUCAGGAAGAGGCUAUGUGAUAAUGAUCCAGGGGUGAUGGGUGCAACACUUUGCCCUCUUUUCGAUCUUAUUAAGGAAGACAUAAACUCGUACAAGGAUUUGGUUGUUAGUUUUGUUAGCAUUCUUAAGCAAGUUGCUGAAAGAAGGCUUCCAAAGACCUAUGAUUACCAUCAGAUGCCAGCUCCUUUUAUUCAGAUAAAACUACUAAAAAUCCUUGCAUUACUUGGUAGCGGUGACAAGCAGGCAAGCGGACAUAUGUAUACCAUCCUAGGUGAUAUUUUUAGGAAAAGUGAACCAUCAAGCAACAUUGGCAAUGCUGUAUUAUAUGAAUGCAUAUGCUGUGUUUCAUCCAUCUUUCCCAAUCCUAAGUUACUAGAGGCUGCUGUUGAAGCUACUUCAAGAUUUUUGAAGAGUGACAGUCAUAAUCUUAAAUAUAUGGGUAUUGAUGCUCUUGGUCGACUUAUAAAAAUAAAUCCAGAUAUUGCUGAAGAACACCAGCUGGCUGUUAUUGAUUGCUUAGAGGAUCCUGAUGAUACUCUAAAGCGCAAGACCUUUGAGUUACUUUAUAAAAUGACUAAGUCCUCAAAUGUUGAAGUGAUAGUUGAUCGCAUGAUUGAUUACAUGAGAAGCAUAAAUGAUAAUCAUUACAAAACAGAAAUAGCAUCGCGCUGUGUUGAGCUUGCUGAACAAUUUGCACCAAGCAACCAAUGGUUUAUCCAGACCAUGAAUAAGGUCUUUGAGCAUGCAGGUGAUCUUGUAAAUGUUAGAGUGGCACAUAAUUUAAUGCGACUAAUUGCUGAAGGAUUUGGAGAGGAUGAUGAAGGUGCCGAUAGUCAACUGAGAUCCUCUGCUGUGGAUUCAUAUUUAUGUAUUCUUGGGGAGCCAAAGCUUCCAUCUGUAUUUCUGCAGGUCAUAUGCUGGGUUCUAGGUGAAUAUGGGACAACAGAUGGAAAGUAUUCUGCUUCUUAUAUAAUUGGGAAGUUAUGUGAUGUGGCAGAAGCCCAUUCAACUGAUGACACUGUCAAGGCUUAUACUAUAUCAGCAAUCAUGAAAAUAUGCGCAUUUGAAAUUGCUGUUGGAAGGAAAGUGGAACUAUUGCCUGAGUGUCAAUCCCUGAUUGAUGAACUAUCAGCAUCACAUUCAACAGACUUGCAGCAGCGUGCAUAUGAGUUACAAGCCUUGUUGGGCUUAGAUAGCCAAGCUGUUGAAAGUGUGAUGCCAUCGGAUGCAAGCUGUGAGGAUAUUGAGAUUGAUAAGAACCUCUCAUUCCUUGACAGUUUUGUGAACCAGUCCAUGGAAAAGGGAGCAAGGCCUUAUAUUCCUGAGAAUGAACGAUCAGGCAUGUUCAAUAUUGGCAAUUUCAGAAGCCAAUACCAGCAUGAGGCUUCUAGUCAUUCUCUCAGGUUUGAGGCAUAUGAGCUUCCAAAGCCCUCACCUCCACCAACCAUCCCUCAAGUUGUACUUCCACUCCCAACCACUGAUCUAGUUCCAGUGCCUGAGCAAACCUACCCUAGAGAAACCCACCAUGCCCCUAAUCUUCCAUCUGCAACUGAUGCCUCAUCUGUUGAUUUUGGAGUUAAACUUCGGCUUGAAGGUGUUCAGAGGAAGUGGGGUAGACCUACAUAUUCAUCACCCUCCGCAUCUUCUAGCUCAAGUACUCAGAAGACAGCAAAUGGGGCUACCCAUCUUGAUGGACGAACAGUGAGCUCCCAAACACGAGAUAAUUUCUAUGAUUCUAGGAAACAGCAGGCUGAAGUUUCAGCUGAAAAGCAGAAGUUAGCUGCUUCUUUAUUUGGUGCUUCAACUGCUAAAAGUGAGAAGAGACAACUGCCUACCCACAAGACACCUAAGGGUGUUCCAACGACUGCAGAGAAGCCAGCUGUUAAAGGAGCCAUUUCAUCUUCUGAACCUCCCAAGGAGAAGACAGUUCCUUCUUCCCCACCUCCAGAUCUGCUUGACUUGGGUGAACCAACUCCAGCAAGCACUCCAUCUAUAGAUCCCUUUAAGCAGCUGGAAGGGCUCCUAGGGCCAACAUCAGCCCCCUCAGCUAUUGAUCACUCUUCUGCAGCUGGUCCUAAAACACCAGAUCUUAUGGCACUUUACACAGAUACUCCACCAGCUGCGGUAAGCUCUGGUUCCUUAAAUCCAGAACUGGCUGACAUAUAUACUGUUAAUAAGAACUCGCAUGGAACAACAAAUGUGGCAGCCAUGAAUAAGGGCCAGAAUCGCCAAGAUUCCUUGCAGAAAGAUGCAACUGCAAGACAGGUGGGCGUGACACCAACAGAGAAUAACCCUAGCCUAUUCAGGGACUUGCUGGGCUAGAGAAGGAAGCUGGGGUGACCCCUAUGUUGUGACAAAAUAUAUAGAGUUUGACUGGAAUCCAAGUGGAUGGUAUACCUUCUGGCUAUGCUGGAUUCUAUCACAUCUGAGUGUACUGAAAAUUGAUUAUUUGAUUGAUACGGUUGGAAAUUUCGAGCUCUUGGUGGAAGAAUGCUUGGUUGAAAUUUAUAGAGGACGUCAUGCGUGUUGGUGGGGUAGUCCUUGUAAUUUUUCUGGGACAAUGUCACGUUCGGUGGUCAAGGUGUAUAUGCAGUCUGUGUAGUGAAAAUGUUUAUGCACUUUUGCUUAGUAGAGAGGGGGAAUCGGUGCACUUGAGGAGGAAUACGCUGGUGAAUAGAAUGGCUAGAUUUGUUGAAAUGCUUGCAAUGAGAACUGUAUUUUUUCCCACCUAGUUGAAAUAAAUUUUAAGACCUUUCAGGAACAUUUUAGAAUAAAUUAUUGGGCUUUUUAUGGACUCUUUUUUUUAUAAAAAAAGCUCAGCUGUAAUUUUCUGCCUUGA